CGUUCAAAUGUCAAACGAAUGUCAAUCGGAGAGGGGGGCUAAAAUAAAAAUAAAGAAAAAUCGUCCCGACAAGACCGACGACGGAAAAGUGUGAAAAUAAAAGUUUCGGAAAGUGUUGUGAGAAUUCAUCGCGCAGUGUUUCCGCGAACGGAAUUUAGAAAAAAUCAGUCGCUCCCCCCUCGCGGUUCGGUGAAGUGAGGAAAAGUGUGUAGAGUGCGCGGUACAGUUUGGAGUUUUUCCACCUCCGAGACGACGGCAUGAUGAAUUUCGCACUCAGCAGCCAGUUCUACAUCGAAGCUCUAGAACGUGCGAUACACGAGCAGGUUCCGCAGCACUUUCAAACGCUCGCGGAGGAAAACCAGCUCAAUCCGUUCGAUCUCGUACCGCUGGACAUGAUGGGUGCGAUCGUGGCCCCAGCAUCGGAUGAUGGGCUUGCUCCGAUCGUCGUUGACGGUGGACAGCAGCCAGAAGGAGCGGCGGAAUGCCAGCAACAGCAACAGCAGCAGUACGAGCAGCAGCAGCAGCAUCAGUCCGACGAGCAGCACAGUAGUAGUGGCAGCGAAGGCAACUCAUUCUGCGACAUCAAUGAUAAUAGUAUUCUGGUUGAGUUUGAAAAGAUUGACGAUGAGCUGGAUGAGGACGGAGGAUGUAAUAAAGAAAACAAUACUCUAUACGAAGACGGAGAGCCAUCGCAUGCCACUAUCACGAUCGAGGGUCCGGACAAUCAAAUACUGGCCCGGUAUCGAUGUAACUAUGGGAGCUGCAAUCGAAGCUACAGCACGGUAGGCAACCUAAGGACACACAUGAAAACACACAGAGGAUAAGUAAACCCUUGGUGAAUACAAGUUUAAGUGCACCGAGGAGGGCUGCACCAAAGCCUUCCUGACGUCCUACAGCCAGAAGAUCCACAUCCGCGUCCACACGAAG